AUGGCGCUCUCCGCGCUGCGCCUGCUGCUGCUGUGCCUCGCCUGCAAUGUGGCGGACUUGCAGAACCCUGACUUCGGUGAACCCAUAGAAUCCAGACCAGCCAACUGUGGUCAGUACAAAUUGCCAGGAUGUCCCAGGGACUUUAACCCUGUCUGCGGAAGUGACAUGACCACUUACCCUAAUGAGUGUACUCUGUGCAUGAAAAUCAGGGAAGCUGCUCACAAUAUUAUCAUAGUCCGCACUGGGCCAUGCUGA